GGUCAGUCCAGAGAGGAUGGACAGGUCAAUGGGGUGGGAUGAGGCUAGUAGGUAGAUGGGGGUAGGACUUGAGAUGAGAGGAGGGGAUAGGUGGGAGGCAGCCGCCUCAGUCAUAAUUGCAGACAUGUAGUUUUAAAACACUAAUUUUACCUAUUCAUUCACAGGACAUUGAUAGUCAGCAACAUUUAUUAAAGGAAAAUCAUAGUCUACUGAGUUUUUGAUUAGGUGAUGGAAUUGAUGAGGGUAAUACGGUACUAUUUUUCUUAUACAAGAUUGAAAGGAAGUUUGUUAGACGCUUUUAAAAUCAUUAAAGUUUAAAAUACUUGUGGAGAAAUUAAUCCCUUUGGCAGUAGGAUCACAAACCAAAGGAUGGGAUUUAAGGGAUUGGCCAAAAGAAAUAAAGUCAAAUUGAGAAUAAGCAAUUUAUGCAACAAGUGAUUAUGCUAUUGAAUGUGCUGUUUUAGAUGAUGAUUGAGGCAGAUUCAAUCGAGCGCUUCAAAACAGACUUGAAUAAUUAUCUGGAUGGGAAAAAAUGGAAAAGAGAAUCUUUUUUCUUGCAGAGAGCCAGCGUAGACACAACGGGCAGAAUUGUCUCGUUCUAUGUUGAUAACAAUCCAUGAUGCUUGAAAGAACUGGCAGAUACUGCAACUCUUAUAAGACGAAAAACUGGUUAAAAAUGAGAAAAAGUUGUCAUUGUAUACGUAAUUAAAAUGUUGCAUAAUUUAUGAAUGACUGGUGAUGUUAAACCACUUGGUAUCAGGAGUGACAUUUAUGAAAGUUUCUGAUUACACAAGAUGCGAUGCAUUUCAGUUACUGCCUGGAUUUUUUUUAUGGACAUGAAUCAAUAAGAAAUCUCAAGUUUUGGGCACCCGCAACCACGAAGAGAAAAAAAUACGAACAUGUCGGGAGUAAAACACCAAAAUAGGAACUAGACGAGGAAGUUAUUCCUUUGGCUUCGAAUCCUCAUAUCUUCCACUCACUCUGCAUUCAAUACGAUAAUGUGUUUCUUUUUCACAUCCAUUGAAGAAAAAGUGUAGAACUGUUGUCACGCUUGCAAACGAGGGGUUAUGAACGAGGACGCCUCAAACCAUUUCCUCUGGAGCACGGGGGCUUCUUCGCCAGCAGCAACAGCGCCAGUUUCUUCGUCAUCUUCGGAUCGUCGCCUCGCGCGCCAGCAAAGCUCGCGCCGCCAAGGUCCGUUAGUGAAGGAGCCUCGCGCGCGGGCAUGCGCACGCAACCACCCCCAUUCCUAACCGCCUUAUGCUAAUAAACGGCAAUUUGAAUCGUCCAAUUGCUCAGUGCGGCCGGUGCCCGGGUCAGCGGAGGGCGGCAGCCGUUUGCGUUGGCAGCAUGAGGUCCGGCGGAUUUGGUAUUAUAACCUGCACAUGCCUUUUGACUGCAAAUGCAUUCUACUCAUCAAGUAAUGUGAUAAAAUUAACUUCAAUAAAUUUCAAUUCUCAAGUUAUUCAGAGUGACAAACUUUGGCUAGUAAAAUUCUAUGUUCAUUGGUGUGAACAUUGUGAGCAGUUUGUUUCAGAAUGGAAUAAUGUAGCUACUGCUUUGAAGGGUAUUGUUAAAGUUGGUGCAAUAGAUGUGACUAAAUAUGCAUCAAUAGGCCAUCAAUAUGAAAUAGAAGAAUUUCCCACUAUCAAGUUCUUUGGGCCCAAUAAGAACAAGCCAGAAAAAUAUUAUGGAGGAAGGUCAAGUACAGCUAUUACCAAUGGAGUCCUUAAUUCAAUACGGUUCAUAGUAAAGGAGAGACUAAAUAAACAAGACAAUCUAUGUGCAGCUGGAGGACAGUGUAGAAGAAUAAACAAUCAACAUGUGUUUGACUUGAACGAUAGCAACUUUGAUAAUCAAUUGGCGGGGGGUGAUGAUUUGUGGAUCGUAGAGUUCUAUGCACCUUGGUGUGAACAUUGUUUAAGCCUUGAACCUGAGUGGACUAAUGCAAUCAUUGAACUGACAAGACGGACUAAGGGAAAGGUCCAUCUUGCAGCUGUAGAUACUUCAGUAAAUGGAAUAUUAACCAGUCGAUAUGGGAUUCAACGAGUUCCAACAAUUAAGAUAUUUCAAACAUACAAUGAAACUGUUGACUAUAAAGGUGAAAUAACUAUGUCCGGCAUUAUUGCUGAAGGUCUUGAUUUGUAUGCUAAGAUGCCACUAUAUAAACCAUUUGAGCAAAUGCUCAAUGAAGAAGUUUUAAAGACAACUUGUAAUCAUCAACUAUUAUGUAUUAUUGCUGUGCUGCCCCAUGUUUCUGACACAGGGUCUAGUGGCAGAGCUGAUUAUCUGACCUUAUUGGCAAAAAUAGCAAGCAAGUACAAAAAGAAAAAGUGGGGCUGGCUAUGGAUAGAAUCUGGUGAACAGACGAGACUAGAAAAUGCUUUGGGUAUUGGUGGCCUGAUGUACCCUACUAUAAUAGCCAUUGAUUCAAGGAGAAAAAAGAAGGUACUCUUGAGGGGUUCAUUCAGUGAACUUGGAAUAGCUGAAUUUUUUAGGUAA